CAAGAAUAGUCGAAAUCAGUUGUACAACGUCAUAAUCACAUCCGUAAAAGCUCCCGUCAUUUUAUUUUUCCCGAACGAAGCAGCCGGCCAGGACAGCCAGGCCAGCUUGGGGGCAUCCCUAUAUAAUAAAACUUAAGCCUAUUAAAUGCAGCCGCGCCACACGUUUGGCUGUGGCACGGUCGACUGUGCUGUGAUGUGCUGUUGCGAGUUCCUCACUCACUCACUAGCACACACAAAUCGUUGGUCUAUUUUCUCCUGUUAAUCCCGUCGUCGGGCGCGGACCCCCCCUCUCUCUCUCUCUCCACAUCUAGCCGGUUGUCACCGCUGUUGUCACGUGUGUACAGCCGGGCGGGCGACCAGAUCACAUCCAUGGCAAUGAGGGAAAUCUCCAUCAUAUGUAGAGCUGCUGAUGAACGCGUACACCACCGUCUGUGUUACACACGUUUCUCUCUCCCCGGUCCUUCUUCUUCUUUAUCAUCAUCAUCCCCCCUCCGCCCUGGACUUUUUUUCUAUAAGCCGCUUAGGACCAACAUGGCGGCCCCCUGUCGCACGUUGCAUACAUUUCCUAAUAAAUGUGUUGCAGCAGCAGCAGCAGCUAGAUCAAGAUCCAUUUCAAUUGGUUUUCCCCUUCCCAAAUUCAAUCAUUAUUGAGAAAAGAUGAAGAGAAAUCCGUUCGUCGUUGUACUACAUCCAAGAGAGAGUGAGAGAGAGAUGUCUCCUCAUCAUCAUCUUCUUUGUCUGCCAUCCUCAGCCAAGAUCAAAGUCAUCCCGAAGAAAUAAGAAAAAAAUAAAAUAAAAUAAAAUAAAACUUAGGGGGGCAGCUGGCUCUGGCUGGCUGGCUAUAUAGCUCCCGCCAUCUUGUUCUUAUAUCAACUCUGAUAUAAGCUACAAAAUGUCUGAUAAAGAAAAAAAGCAGAUUUCCCAGCGGAGCCGAAAAAUAAUAUUCUUUAAAAAAAAAUUCCCUUUUUAUUUUUAUUUUUUUCUUUCCUUUCCCCCUUGUAGCAGCAGCAGCCAGACGUUAGGUUCGUGUGUAGUUGUACACAUUUUCGACUGUCGGAUUGUGUGUGCAAGCUACUACCGUUCGCUCGUGGUGCGGGACCCUCCGACGCCGAUGAAUAGGUCGCUAAUGAGCAGCACAAGCAAAGCGAACCGGGGCCUCACCCACGGGGGAGUCAAAAGAAGUCAAAAAAGAAAUAAAAAUCUCAGAAAGAAAAUGGGCGAGGAACGCGACAAGAACAUCCGUCAUCCUCGUCCCGCUCACGUCGUCAUGGCCCUUUUUUUCCCCCCUAUUCACAACUAUCCCGAGAUUUUUUUCUUAUUUCGGCGUCUCAAAUUUUUUAAAUCAAAAAUAAAUUCGACCGCCAUUUCCAACGGUCAAUCUCCAUUUCUUGCUAGAGAAAUUUGAACGGCAAGAGUUUGGAAAUCAACAGCUAAGAAAGAGGAGAGACAUAAGAAGAAGAAGAGGGGAGGUGGGUGGAGGCGUGAAUGUUGUUGUCACUGGCGACGUGUUGGUGCGUGGUGAACCGAUCACAGACAACACACACACACACACACAACUGGCUGGCAGUAGCAACGGCAACAAUAGAGGCUGGGCUUUUAUGUGUCCAGGAGCAGCACCCAGUGUGUGUGACUGCGACUCCUUCUUUUUUAUUAUCGUCAUCUUCUCUUCUGUGUCUGUGUGUGUCUGUCUUGUGUUGUUGAGCCUUGAUGUAUGUAUUUAUCUGCGAGCUAUAUUAUAUUGCCCGUGUGUGUGAAUGAAUAUGACUCUAUAUAACUGUACGUAGUAGUAGUAGUAGUAGUACUACACGAGUCAAUUGAAUGGAUUUUUUUUGGGGGGUGAAUCUUAUUGAAAAAAACACAAAACGGACCCAACACAAUCAGCCAAAUCUUUCGGUCCCUCCUAUUCUAUUUUUCUGAUCGUUUGAAAUGUGUGUAGUAGCAAGUAAUGGAGAAUGACAAUCGCCAUGGCAACCGCACCGGGAUAGAAAAGAGGAAGCCACGCGUCACAAGGAGGAGACAACACAAAGAAUCGAAUACGCACACACAACCCAUCAUCAGGUGUACGACAUAAUAGUCAGCUUAAGAGCUGGCAAAUCAAAAUACUGAUUUGGUGUAUUCUCCCAAUUGAAAAAAAAAAGGAUCAACUCCUCCAUUAUUCCCGUGGUUUCGACACAAUUAAAACAAUUGCCAAAAGGAUUAUUACAAUAUAAAGUUCAAAAAGAAAAUGUAGUCGUUCCAUCAUCAUUUUCCGCUAGUGCCGACUGGACUCGCAUUCAAAUGUCGGACAUAUUGAAAUGAGCCAAAGAAAAAGAAAAAGAAAAAAUUUCGACGACCGGAAGCGGGCGACUUGUUACACUCGCCGACGACCGAGACAACAACAACAACAACAACAAGAGAAAAGAAAGAAAAAACGACCGACGACGGGUCUAAUAACGCAACAAUAGAAAAAGGUUGGGCCCAUCGUGCGUGAGAUGGGAAAAGAACAACAACAACAACAAGAAAACGAACAAUAUCAAAUGGUCUAAAUUGAUGCCCAGUAGUAGUAGUAGUAGUAGUAGUACACAGUCGACUACUUAAUGUAUCCAUCUGUCUCUGUUUGUGCGUGUAAUGCAGUCACGCAGUUGCCGACAAGUCUGAAAAAAAAUGAAGGAAAACCUCAAGAAACUUCCCGUCCGUCUUCCAUUCCCCUUCCCCCUUUUCCUAAUCACGAGAGAAUUGAAUACAUCAAAUAAUAAAAAAGAGGGAAAACCAAAUGAAAUGAUGAUGAAACCCUCCCGACACGGGUUUACUCUACCGUAGGUGAAUUUUAUUUUGGAAAAUUCUCUAUAGUCGAACGAUUUCUAUUUAGAUGAUCGUGACUAGAUAUUGUAACAUAAGAGCAUAACCGACUCUCUAAUAUAGGAGGGGGAGGGAGUAAAUAUGUUGGAUGGUUCACGUACAAGAGAGAGAGAGAGAGAGAGAGAGAAAGAGAGGAAACGGGCAUCAGGAUGAGACCUGUCACUAUCACUACUCCUCCCGGAUGACGAGUAUACAGAGCAAAAAGGAUAUGGAUUCUGCCGGAAGCUUCCGUUACGCACAGUCAUCUCAUCCUCAUCACACACACACACACACACACACACACAAUCCGCGCAGACGAUAUAUUAUUAUAUACUGUAUAUUUAUCGUCAUCGUAUGUAAAUGCCAUAGAAUGAAAAAAAAAAAACUACCGCACACGCCAUUUUGAUUUGGGUAGUUCGGACUAGAUAUAAUUUUAAUCGAAAUCGGUGAAAAAUGACUUAUGAUUUAUUAUUUUCAUUUUUCGAUGGAAAUAAACAAAAGAAAUGUAAUGAACGAUCUAGUCAACAGAAGGGAGAGCAGCUAAUAUCUGAACGAGAGCUGGAAAUGGGAAGAAGAGAGUAGUAGACUAGUAGAGUUUUGAAGGGGUGAAUAUCAAUAUGGCCAGCAGCUCCUGACUGGAUGGCACUCCUACUGCAUGAUGAUGAGAGUUGGGAGGGGGGUUUCAUCGCUCCGGAUUGACUCCGCACGACCGGCAAUAAGAGUCACAGGCCAAGAAAUGGGAAUCAGAGAGAGAGAGAGGGGAGAGAGAAUAUCUCAAAAAGGGAAUGGAAAAUACAUAAUAAAAAAGAGAAGAAGCGAAUAAAAACCGAGUGCUGUGCUGUACAGGAGAGGAGAGCAUCAGGCCGGCCAUUAGUCUCCAUUAAGGCCACGCGUUUGUUUCCUGCUCCCGCUGAGUCUCUCUCUCUCUCUUUCUCUCAGACUAAUACUAGCAUCCAUUGACGGAGCAACUUGCCAGUCUGUCUCCUCUCUCUAACUCCUGCUGGCAUAGCAGGAGCAGGAGCAGCAAUCGAAUCGAUUCUCAUGAUGACCACAUGCUCCAUUUCACCCCUCCUUGCACUCUCACUGGGCCACCACCCACCCCUUUCUGUCGGAUGAGACUCCAGCACAGUCACAGUCCGUGCCGUGGAUGCGACCAGACACAACUGCCAGGAACCGGACCCGCCGGCAACGGCCAAUUUCGGCAAUUCAUUACCCGCCAUUAACUUGAUAGAUUUCCGCUACGAAAAAAAAGUAAAAAAGUAAAAAAGUAAAAGAAAAUUUGCUCCGAAAGUUUUCCACUUUCGGUGGGAUUUCUUUUAUACACACACAGUCCCGACGACUGGUGGCCCGCUCGUUGCCAUGGCGACAUGCCCUACCAAGGUUUCUUCCGUCAUUAAGUCGGAAUACUGAACAACACACACACACACACCCACAUUUAUAUAUAGAGAGAGACGGGAGUAUAGCCUGGUGGUGGUGGUGGUAGUCAGCCGGAAGGAGCAAGUCGGGUAUCACAAAAUGAGAAAGAAGAAAAAAGGAGAGAGUCGACGGACGCGACGGGAAAAAUUCCGGACGGACGGAGGGGGGUCAAGUCCUGCCUUAAAUGGUCGUCGUCGCUCGGCCGGAAGUGUCGAGCUCCAUAUUAUACUGUGUGCAGAGCAGUGCGUGCCGCAACUGCCGAUCGAUUUUUCUAUUUCCCUUUUUUUAUUUCUUUCUUUCUUUUUUCCUUUCAAAAUAAAUAGAGAAAAGAAAAGAGUGGCGCUCCUUAUUUCAACUUAAUGCCAUGUCCCCCCCACCCCCCGGGUCAUCACAUUUAAGUGCAAUAUUCGCUUCCACAUUUACGUAAAUAGAUAAUCCAGGCGGAAGAAGAAAGAAAAAGAAAAAACCUAUCGACGUGAAAGGAGGCCCUCCCGGAAGUUGCAUACACAGUCGCCAGACUCGCCUGAUUGAACUAACAGCUCGUUGGCGCUCUUAACUAUUCCUCCGAUCAUAAUUACACGGUCCAGCAGCCACAGUCCAGGCCGGGCCAGCAGUCCGGUGGCACUGAUCGUGGCCAGUCGGCCGAUUUCUCAUGACGACGCACUGCUCAUCAUCUCCCAUACAGGACGCAAAUCUCCUCCAUUUCUUUUUCUAGCGUCUCGACAGGAAGAUUCCGCCAGGGGAAAAAAAGGAAACUCAUCAUCGCAAUCGAGACUCACUUUGUAUAAAUCAACUUUAAAUCGGAGGAGAUUUCAAUGGAGAUAUAGAGAGGGGGACACUGGGAGCAAUGAUCGAUUGACAAAGCUGCUGGACAGUGCGGUUUUUUUAUCCACCGGUCAUUUACAACAGUUGGUCACAAACAAACAGAACGGCCAGACAUUCUGUUGUUUUUCUCUCAACUCACAACAUUCGGGGGAAAUAAAAAAAACAAAAAGAAAAACAAAAAAAAACAUUUACUAAUACGGACCAGCCAUCUGGCCAAAAAGACUGGGCGGUUUUGUGGUCUGAAAUAGACGAAAAAUUUGGUUUGCGGUUGGUGGGAUAUGACGUCUGUGCACACCGGCAACUGGGGGAUGUCUGUCUUUGCAUCAUCACAACCGGCGUGAAAAUAUCACGAUCAGAACUUUUGUCAAGUUUUUCAGGAAGUAACAUUAUUCUCAUUUUAUUUAAUUCACAAGGAAAUAAUUCAAAAGAAAAUUUGUUUGUUACAUUUUAAUAUUACUACUGGAAAAGAGCUGAAUACGCUCGACGUUUUACAUGUUCUCCCUAUUUUCUUACAGUGACAGCCUCUUUGAAUUGAUAGCCAUCGUAAUCAUCAUCGUAACGAGAAAGCCUUAGUUCUUUUAGUUUUUUUUUUAAACACGUGGAAAUACACACAGACAUGUUCUGGGUCCUUUUUUUUCUGUCUGUUGCGUGUCGGAUAAAAAAGAAAACGGCGAUCGAAUGGCGUUCGGGUUCCUGGCACGACGACGGCCGCACUAGGAUCCAUUUAUACGCAACUGGAGCUGACAGCUGGGGGGUCCAAGCGACAAGAGAGAGAAAAUACGGUGUGUGUACUCUACAACCGUCAGGUGUUUGUAGAAAAAAAAUAAAAAUAAAAAUGGAGAAAUUGGUAAUCGUGAAAAUGGCAUCUAUUUCUAGCCCGUCUAGGAAAUGUUUGUUAGUCAAAUUAUCCGUGAAUGUGUGUAUUGUGUGUGAGGUGCGUUUCUAGUCUAGCCGGUCUGCAAGGUAUUGUGUAUCUCUCUCACUCGCUUAAUGGUCGGAAAAAAAGCUCCGGAUCCAUCAAUAACAAGGUAGGCCUAUUAUAUGCACUUGAAAAGGGAACUAGAGGGGGGGAAGAACUGGGUGGGUGAGGGCCUCCACCAGGUUUUCCAGUUGCCAUCCGCUUCGCAACUGCUGGCGAUGGAAACCAAGACACACAGAAAAAUGUGCGUACGCGGGACAAGGGGAGAGAGAGAGAGAGAAAAAGAGUAAAAAUAUUGGGAGAUAAACAAAACUAAAAGUAAAAAAAAAAAAAAAAAAAAAAAAGAGAAGUAUGACAUGUCUGUCUCUCUCCCCCCCCUCACGAAAAAUAUCAAAAGGCAGUUGCGGCCAAGCUGAUGGGAAAGCCACCACUUGCACCAACAUCACACGACCAGCUUCAUUAACUCGCCCAAUCGAUUCAUUUUCGUCGUGGGGGUCUCUCUCUGCCAGUGAGAGAGAGUCUAUCAAAGGACCCCUUUUUUCUUUUACAAACAAACUAUUUUAUCUUUUAUCGAGUCGCCUGAACUAAAUUAACGUCCUAUCGGCGAUUUCCAAAUUCCGCCAAAAAUGUGGAUAGACCGAAAUAAAUAUGUUGGAUAACGCUGAAAUCACCUGGAGCUACAUAGAAAAUAGGGAGGAGUCGUUUAUAAAUUUUGUUCAAGACAAAACAAGAAGAAGAAGCCAAAAAAUGUUAGUAGCCCCUCUUCCGGAACCCCAGCGCACUGUGGGAUAUAUACAUAGACACGGGAGGGAUACUGCCGUGGGGUCCCUCCUGGCCCAAGUCCGGCUCUAACUAGCUAACGGCCUGAUAAGGUGGGAAGCUCAUCCCAGCCCCCCCCAAAAAAGAGAGAACCAGAAAAUAAAAAGGCCACACCCACGUCGAAGCGGAUGGAACCAAUGGUUCAAAAGAGCGGAGGCGGAUCUUGGCCUGGCAGCCAAUUGGUCGCCGGCCCCACAACCCAGUCAAGCUCCCCAUCAGUGGGCGUGUCGGUCCGCUUGGCUUACCCUCUCUACUGUCGCCCGCGUGUGUGGGGAGGGAAAAAAGUGGGCCGUCCCAGCGCGUCCGGCGAUUUUCUUGGGUGGGCAGGGCCUCCGUCCCUGCCUCCGCCCGGCAGUAAAGUCUUUAGGUAGUAGUCUCCAGUCUGGUUCUCUUCUAGCGCCAGUUGUGUGUGUUGUGUCAAUCAAUAACACAGUCAAGAGACGGCCGGAUUGAGGCACAGAAUAGACGGCUUUCAAACCGUUCAGACCUCUCUUGUGUUGGCUCUCUCCAUCUCUCUCUUUUCACUCUCUCUCUCCAUCUCUCUCUUUUACCUCCCUUUUCUCUACCACCCCCAUACAAGAAAAGAAGAAAAGAAAGAAAAACUCUUUGAGAGAUUCUUUUGCUAGUGCUGGCCAAGGAGACUAGACGACACCCUCAUCUCGGACAACACAGUUGAGCCCCGAUCUUUUUUCAACAUCGUCGUUUUGUGUGUGUGAGUGUGCUGUGUGCAAAGUGCGCGCUCCUCUUAUUGAUUCAUCACACAAAUCAAAGUGACCUGUGCCAUGCCGUGGUAGUGUGGAAAAGAGAAAAACUCAUCAACCGACUGAUCUGCCAACAACCAAAAGUGUCGCAAAACAUUUGAGAGCGAAAUUUGAAAAAAACCCCAAAAAACAAUUUGCCCAGUCAAGACACAAAAUGUUGACCAUGGAUGGUGAAAUGAAGGGACUUGGAGGUCAUCCGGGUCACCUUCACCAGCAGCACGGGCUGGGAUCGCCGUCGUCGGCCGGACAGACUUCCCUGUCGUCGCAUCACUUGUCCGUCUCGUCCAGUCACGCUCUGUCGCCGCCCAUGACGCCUCAGCAUCUCCAGCAGCAGCAACAGCAGCAACAACAACAGCAACAGCAGCAGCAGCAACAACAGUACCAGCAACAGUACCAAAUGUCAGCCCACGGGCUCCAUUUGGGACUGUCUGCCCAGCACGCGGCGGCCAUGGCGGCUGCCGCCGCCGCCGCAGCGGCUCACCACCAGCACGCGGCCAACGCGCUCAGCUCGUCCGGCUCUUCGGCCUCGUCACAGUCGUUGCAUCACCAGCCGGGGCCGGGCUCGGGCCAAGGCUCGACGGCCUCGUCGGCCGCCUCAGCCAAAAACAACAACCUGGACAGGGUCAAGCGGCCGAUGAACGCGUUCAUGGUCUGGUCCCGCGGUCAGCGACGCAAAAUGGCCCAGGAAAACCCCAAAAUGCACAACUCUGAAAUCAGCAAGCGGCUGGGCGCAGAGUGGAAACUCUUGUCCGAGGCGGAAAAGAGGCCGUUCAUCGACGAAGCCAAACGACUUAGGGCCGUCCACAUGAAGGAGCACCCGGACUACAAAUACCGACCCCGACGCAAGACCAAGACUCUGCUCAAAAAGGACAAAUACCCGGGAAUGAGCGGCGGUGGCGGAGGACCAGGGGCGGCGGGCGGACAAGGCGGCCUGAUCCAGCAGCAGUCAUCCGGCGGUGGCGGACAGAGCGGCGGGCACCACGCCCAGGAGCACCAACACAGCGGCAAUCACCAGCGCGGCGGCGGACACAACAUGAACAACAAUUCCGUCGUGCUGGGCGGUCAACAGUCGGGACUGCAGCAGAGCCAGCAGGGUGGCGGCGGCGGAGGCGGCCUACAUUCGCACCACAGCAGUCAGCGCGAGGCGGCCAUGUACCACCACCACCACCAGCACCACAUGGCCACCAACGGGUACAUGCCGAACGGCUACAGCAUGAUGCACGACCCAAACUACGGCCAGCACUACAUGGCGGCGGCGGCGGCUGGACUCUACGGCCCACGCUACGACAUGAACCCACAAGCCGGCGGAGUGGCGGGCGGCGGAAGCGCUUCACCCAUGUCCUCCUACAUGAACGGAGCGGCGGCAAACUACGGAGCCAUGUACGCUGGAACGGGCGGCGCCGGAUCGCCCUACUCGAUGCAAUCGUCUCAAAUGGGCAGCAGCGGAGGCGGACAGGCCGGAAUCGGCAGCGUCGGAUCCACCGGAUCCUCCCACAGUCCCAACAGCGUCAAAUCGGAAACGCCGACGCCUCAGCAGCAACAGCAGCAGCAGAUAUCCAUCAAGCGCGAGUACGUCCAGCAGCAACAGCCGUCGGCCGGCGGAGCAAACGCCGCCGAUCUCCGCCACAUGAUUUCCAUGUACUUGCCGGGCGACGCCUCGUCCGGAAUCAUGGAUCCCACAUGCGGCGGACGACUUCAGCCCAUUCCGGGCCUACAGGGUCACCCAGGGUAUCACCAUUCCGGAUCACCCGAUCCCAUGUCUGCCGCAGCCGCAGCAGCAGCCGCCGCAGCAGCCGCCGCAGCCGCCGGAAUGACCAUGGCUCACAUGUAAAAUCAUACACACACAAACACAUCCCCCCCUCCUCCACACUAAUAACAAGAUUUUAAAAAACCAUCCAUCGUCAAAAAAGAGCCUAUUAUAAUUAUAGAAAAAAGAGAGAGAUAAUAAUAGAAAAGAAAAAAGAGAGACACGGACAACUACAUAUCCGCGCAACCAGUUCGGGCGUUCAAAUCGCCCGCCAACCUUUUUUCUUUUUAAAUUAUUUUAUUCAUAUUUUUAUUUUGUAUGUUUUUCUUUUCCGGAUUAUUUCAAUCUCUCUCUCUCAAUCUCCGGGUCCUCCCUCACCUCACAUUUAGACGUGAUGAUGUUUUUUUUUUCUUCAAUCAAUUCUAAUUGAAUUAUCGUUUUUGAUUUUGUAUCGUAAUCAUUUUUGCCGGGGUUGAAACAAAGAGAGUUUGAUGAAGAGAUAUCAAACGCGAAAUUUCAAUCGAGUUUUUAAAUGGAGGAAAGCCGAGACAUUCGUAUACAUAACAUAAAUUUUUUGAUAUCAUCAUCUCUGAUCCUACAUAUAAAAAUCAUUUUUUGUUUAGUAUUGUCGAAAAGGGAAUGAAAAACAAAGAAACAUUGACGUUUUUUUUUCAUUUCAAAUACUUCUAACCAUACUUUUUUGACUACGUAUUUGUUUCAUUUCUCUCUCCCCUCUCCCCCCUUUUUGACUUAUCACACGCAAAUUCGUUUUCUUUCUCUCAAUUCAUUUCCUGCCCCCUCGCCCCGCUCCCGCCCCCCAGUUUUUGAACGUUGUACAGAUUGUUUGCCCACUUUGAUUAUUACAAUUAUUAUCAUUAUUAAAAAAACAAAAAACAAAUUCGACAAGAAAUUAUAUCGAAAUCGCAUCUUGCGCGAUACAAUUAUAUAUAUCACCUGGAGUGAAAAACAACUAAAACACACACAAAAAAAGAAAAAGAUCCAACCGAGUCAUUUCAAAUCGAAAAAAUCUCGACGGUAAAAAGAAAAAAAAAAUUAAAAAAACAAAACCAAUUCAAUCAUUCUUAUCAUCUCGAAAGAGUGUAAUCCAACAUUAUUGUCACUCUUAUAUAUACAUACAUAAAAGACACACACAAAAGUAUAUCAACUUGAUUAACUCUUGAACGAUUUCUGAUGAUCAAAAAUUGAUCAGCGAUUGUCUCGCCAAUGUGUUAAUUUCUUCUUCGUGUGUCCUCUUCGUGUCAAAUAACGUGCGUUUCUUUGUUCCGAUUUUUACGUGGCUUUGUCUCUCUUUCUUUCUCUUUUUCUCUCACGACAUUUCGAUCGACUUAGAAAACAAAAAAUUAACUAAAAAAGAAAAAAAUCAUUUUCUGUGUAUGUGAGUCCGUGUGUGUUCGAGCCCGUUUGUAAAUGACAUUCAAAACAGUUUCACGCUCCGUUACAUUCGAUUUUCACGCAUAAAUUCGUGUCACGAAAUUAUUUCUGUUUCUCCAAACAUUUUUUUUUUUGUGUUUUUAAAAUCGCAAUCUCAAGAGUCCCGAUGGUGAACGAAAGCAUUCCGAUGGACGACGAC